AUGCGGGGGGUGGCGGUUGCGGGGCCACGCGAGCCCCGGGCUCUCCUGGGGCGCGGCGCCCUCUGCACAAAGCCCGGGCUUGGGGGACGUCCGGCGGCAGGAACUACAGCUGCUCGUGGGCGCCCUGCCCGGGGAAGGCCGCGCUGCAGGAAUGGCCUGGCCUCCCAGGGCGGCCAAGGAGGGGUGACCUCGAGGCCCGGGCACAAAGCUCUGCUUUCCAGAGAAACCAACUUCCUCCAGGAGCUAAACCGCAGACAGGAAGCUGCCCCUACAGGGACUAAACUUAAAGCCAAGUCUCAGGGCCUGGUGACAUUUGGGGAUGUGGCUGUAGUUUUCUCCCAGGAGGAGUGGGAAUGGCUGAACUCGGAGCAGAGGAGCCUGUACUGGAAGGUGAUGCUGGACAAUUACAGGAACCUGGCAUCGCUGGGACUCUGUGCUUCUAAGCCAGAUAUGAUAGCCUUGUUGGAACAAGGGAAAGAUCCCUACGUGAUGAAAAGAAAGAUGACCAGAGGCCGGUGCACAGACUUAAAGGCUGCGCAGGACACCAAGGAGUUCCCUCCAAAGGAAGAAAAGUUAUCCCAGGCAGUGCUGAGAAAACAGCUCCUGCAUUACAGACCCAAGUGUUCCAUGUUAGCGGAAAACUGGGAUGGUGAUGCUGUGUUUGAGGCACAGAGGGGUGUGAAGACUAUCACAGAUAUGGCCAGAGACAAUUCUCCACAGCUUAUGUCAGCUCAGAAGGGUUUCUGUGAGCAUGUGACAUGGAAGAACUGUGGUGACCUGGAGCCCUUGGGCCAGCACGAAGCCCAGGGUUUGUUUCUAAAGCACAACUCAGCUGCCGAAAGGCUAACAGACAGAACGUCGAGCACUAAACUCGAAUGCCCCACCUUCAGAAGAGACUGGGAUUCCAAAUGUGUGUUUGAAAGGAGUGGUCAAGCCCCACCAUUUGAGCAAGAGUCGGUUACUCAGAACAAAGCCUUCUCAGAGGAGAGAGAUGGCGUGUAUGUCAAAUCUGGAAGAUGGGUUCAUUUGAACAGUUUAGAAGAGAGAAAUCUCAACUGUGACUCAGGUCAAAGUUUCCCCCCAAAUUCAAUAGUCCUAAAAGAAACAGGAAUCUAUGCAGGAAAAAAACUUUUCAAAUGUAACGAAUGUAAGAAAACGUUUACGCAGAGCUCAUCCCUUACUGUUCACCAGAGAAUUCAUACUGGAGAGAAGCCUUACCAAUGUGAUGAGUGUGGGAAGGCCUUCAGUGACGGUUCGUCUUUCACGCGACACCAGAGGUGCCACACAGGCAAGAAGCCGUAUGAGUGCACGGAGUGUGGCAAAGCGUUCAUACAGAACACAUCCCUUGUCCGUCACUGGAGGUACUAUCACACUGCGGAGAAGCCCUUUGACUGCGUCGACUGUGGUAAAGCCUUCAGUGACCACAUAGGCCUUAACCAACAUAGGAGGAUUCACACUGGAGAGAAACCCUACAAGUGCGAAGUGUGUCACAAGUCCUUCAGAUAUGGCUCAUCCCUCACGGUGCACCAACGGAUUCAUACUGGAGAGAAACCGUACGAGUGUGCUGUUUGCAGAAAGGCCUUCAGCCACCAUGCAUCCCUCACUCAGCAUCAAAGGGUGCAUUCGGGAGAAAAGCCUUUUAAGUGUAAAGAAUGCGGGAAAGCCUUUAGGCAGAAUAUACACCUUGCCAGUCAUCUGAGGAUCCAUACCGGGGAGAAGCCCUUUGAGUGUGGGCAGUGUGGGAAAUCGUUCAGCAUUAGCUCACAGCUUGCCACACAUCAGAGAAUUCACACAGGAGAGAAGCCCUAUGGCUGUGAGGUCUGUAAUAAAGCCUUUACUCAGAAGGCUCACCUCGCACAACAUCAAAAAACUCACACGGGAGAGAAGCCGUAUGAGUGUAAGGAAUGCGGCAAGGCCUUCAGCCAGACCACUCACCUCAUUCAGCACCAGAGGGUCCAUACUGGGGAGAAGCCCUAUAAGUGUCUGGAAUGUGGCAAGGCCUUUGGCGACAACUCAUCCUGCACUCAACACCAGAGGCUUCACACUGGGCAGAGGCCUUACGAGUGUGUGCAGUGUGGGAAGGCGUUCAAGACCAAGUCAUCCCUCAUUUGUCAUCGCAGGUGUCACACUGGGGAGAAACCCUACGAGUGUAGUGUCUGUGGCAAAGCCUUCAGCCAUCGGCAGUCCCUCAGUGUGCAUCAGAGAAUUCAUUCUGGGAAGAAACCGUAUGAAUGUAAGGAGUGUCGGAAAACCUUCAUCCAGAUUGGACACCUUAACCAACAUAAGAGAGUCCAUACUGGAGAAAGAACGGGUAACUACAAAAAAGGCAGAAAGGCCUUCAGGCAGACUGCACACUUUGCUCACCAUCAGCGGAUUCAUCCCGGAGAGGCAUCCACUCACCCUCCUUUGCCCUCCACGUCGAAUUCUGUGGAUUUCUUCUCCAAACUCGCCUGGCGCGCACCCCCACUUUCAUCAUCAUAA